AUGCCUAAUUGCGAAGAAUCAGACGCUCAACCGACGGCUCGAGGAACGACGAACGGAAGCAUCCCGCCAUCAACCGGUACCAGUGCUAUCAUGUUUCAGGAGAUGGGAUUGGUAUGCUCUCUGCGGAGAGAGGACUCCAGUUUGCUUCUCUCCCGUUUGCACGUCGAUACUCCGAUACUCCGCGCGCAGAACUUUGUCCACCGGAGAGGUCAAGGAAGCCACCCAGCACCCGCCCCAAUCAGCGGUGGAUACGAGGAUCGCUUGGUACGUUAUCCGAGACGCGAUAAGUGCGACCCUGCGCCGUUGAGUGCGUGACAAGUUCCAACAUACUAUAAUGGGGCGGUGGUGUGCGCAGUGAGAUCGGGGGGGCUCAGGAAAGCAAAGCAGAAGGGAUUCAGAGGGAUCGAGAGCGAGUUUGCGAAUGCGGGUGCAAUGUUCGGGAAGAGCCUUGGUGACCUUGGGGCCAAAAUCCGAUCAAUGGUUUGGCCGGUUCAGUUCUAUUUGGGGAAAAAGGGGGGGGGGGGUCACUGGUACAAUACACAUUUAUUUGCAAUCGCCCUUUGCCACCGGGCUGAUAUUCAUUCAUGGGUUGCAGUUUUUCACGCUAAAACCUACAUCGGUGAGCCCACUAUUGCGACCAAGAAGUAGCCGGACGCGGAUCCUCGGAUUGGCCAAGGCACCACUUGGGUUGUAUCUGGACUAUCGGACGCCGAUGAGGUUGGACCGGAAGGAUAG